AUGGAAAAAACAUAUUCAAAGGAAACCAUUUUUACAGGUUGUAUAGAUAUAUCACAGGGUGGCCCUGUCGCUGGACACUCCGGUAGCGGCUGUCAAGAAGUGGUCUUUGAUUUUGAAAAUAAUGUUGUUAUCGCAUAUAUCACUAAUGGAUUGAAGAUCGGGAUGUACGAUGGUUGUCGCCCAUAUGCGCGAUUACAAAAAGCUGUUUAUGACGUAGUUGGAAUAUGUUUGUUCGGCAAAAUAAUUGCAAAUGGAUCAAAACCUGAUUUCAUUAAUUGA